UAAAGUCAGUAAGCACUAGACGGCGUCAGCCAGCACUCGACUACCGACCGCAUGCUGGUUACAUAUUACAUACUAUUACUGUUUACGUCACUUAAACCUUUAUAUUUUUUUACAAUGAAAGACAAAACGAAGAAUGGUAACGCUGGCACGUAUUUUAGCAGAUAAUAUACAAUGCGAAAUCGUUAUUGAAAAGUUUUCCGAAGAAGUUUAAAAAAAAUGAAAAUAAAGACGUAUCUUUGCGGCGGCUACGAAUUCUUGAAGAGGAAAUUCUUUUUUAUAUCAUGGAUCUCAUUAGUGUUAUUUCUUUUAUGUAACACCUUUAUUUAUUAUAAGGACGAGCAGCAAUUUUUUUACGUUAGAAGAAUUUUAGGGCUAGGAUUAUGUGUAUCUCGAGCCACUGCGUCGGUACUGAAUUUAUGCAGCGCAUUGCUACUGGUGCCGUUUUGCAAGAAACUAAAUCAAUUCCUGUACAGGAUAAUAUCGAAAUUAUGGCCAACAUUAUUCUUCUAUUGGCUGGAGAAAGCGAAAAGCUUUCAUAUGACUGUGGCGAUCACAUUGUCCAUAUUUGCAGUUGUGCAUUCUGCUUCUCACUUUGUAAACUUUUGGAAUUUCUCAAGAGGAUACGACGAAGAAUGGACCGAGAUUAACUUUGCAAGCUACAAGGAUGAGAAUCCUCUCUGGCUAUUGUUGAGCGUGGCGGGCAUAACCGGCGUGUCAAUGCUGCUCAUAGUCUUGGGUAUGAGCGCAACCUCUACUAGGGUUGUUCGACGAAAUAUGUACAAUGUUUUUUGGUAUACGCAUCAAUUGUAUCUGAUGUUUAUGGUGUUACUUAUUGUGCACCCAUUAAGUGGUGUUCUCAAAGAAGAAGUAGUUAAUAGUGAAGCUAGUCUAUAUUCUAGUCAUAUUGACCCGUGGUCAAAUAACGUUACCUCGGAGGCAAUUCCGAAAUUUGCGCCCAUACAAUCGAAGACUUGGUGCUGGAUAGCUGUACCAUUGACGUGUUACUUAGUCGACAUCCUGUGGAGGAUAUUGACAAGGAACAGGGCGAAGAUCGAAAUUUUAGAGGUGGCUCACAUGGCUGGUCGCGUGAUAAGCUUGAAAUUAAGCUGCCCCGACUUGGAGUUCAAAUGUCGCGCGGGUCAAUACGUGCUGUUGCAGUGUUUGGAUUCUUCGCUCAUAGAAUGGCAUCCUUUCACUGUUGUCAAGGUUCCUACAGAAAACCAAAGAUACUUUAUAGUCUGGAUAAGAGUUAAAGGCGAUUGGACUGACGCCUUAGAGAAACUGUUGCUUUAUACAAGACCGAAUACUUUGAAUAUAUUGGUCGACGGUCCAUUUUCAAGUCCCAUGGAAGGCGUCAGUUGGUGUGAAGUCGCCAUAUGUGUGGCUGCCGGAGUUGGAAUCACGCCUUUUGUACCGGUUUUACAUCAUAUGCUACAAAACCCACGGAGUCGAUUUCCCGGCAGAGUCCAUUUAAUAUGGAUAGUGAGAAGCGAAAACGAACUCGCGUGGCUCGCAGAUUUAGCAAACAAAACUAUAUUACAGCUUCGAACCGCGAAUCGACCAGAUCGACUACAUCUGGAGCUUUACGUAACCAAAGACAAUGUACAGACGAAAGCUCACACCGUUUCUAUCGACGAGAAAGGAAGUCUUACUCAUGUAGUGCGAGAUAAUGUUACCGAUGACGAAAAAACAACCCUACUGACUCCGAAUAAGAGAAGUCCGUAUACUAAAGCAGAAUCCAGAAAUAGUUGUGAUGUGAUCAAAGAGUAUCCCGUGCUUGGGUGCAGAGUACUGAGAGGCAGGCCAUACUGGGACCGCGUAUUCGGUUUUUGGGUUCAUUUCUAUCCAGAGUGAGUUUUAUAUUCUUUUACAUGAACAUUUCAUUUCGUUUCAAGUUACGUAAUGCAUCAAAUGAAUUUGUUCCACGGGGCCCGUGUUUGAUUCCCGUUUUUUUUUCCUUUGUCAUUAUUAAAGCCAAUAAAUACUCGGAUUCUAGGUGCACUUGUUCUGUGAGUACGAGUUUUUUAACUUCUCGAUAGCGUAAAGUUAACUCUAAUUUGUAUGCGGUUGGAACGUUUGCCUACGUUUGCCGCUAGGGAUGUUGUUCCAACUCCAUACAAAUUUGAGCUACGAGGGCGGGAUGAUAAGUAACUACCCUCUACUAUUUAAAAAGUUAAACUUUAAAAAAUAUAUAUGUCUUUUUUAAAUUCGUAUCUCUGGCUACCUGUGUUCUAAAUUUGAAUUUGAUGGCGUGAAAAUUUUAUAGAUUUUUUGUCAUUUGAAAAUAUAUUUCGUCAAGUGUUUUCAAAAUGGAUAAAAUUGAACAAAGAGCGGUGAUAAAGUUUCUUCAUAUGAAGGGCAUGAAGGGGAAAGAUAUCUAUGACGAGUUAAAUAAUGCUUAGGGUGAAUGUGCUCCUUCUUAUGCCAUAGUAAAAAACUGGGUGGCUGAGCUUAAACGUGGUCGUACAUGUGUCCAAGAUGAAGCCCGCCCCGGACGUCCAAAAAGCGUCACGACUCCGGAAAUGGUCGUGAAAGUACAUGAUAUGGUUUUAACAGAUCGACGAUUGAAGUUAUCUGAUACAGCUGAUACUACAGGUAUCUCUAAAGACCAGGUACAUCAUAUCCUAAGUGAGGAAUUAAAUAUGAAAAAGUCAUCGAUCGGCCCGUUGGGUGCCACGAUUGCUCAUGCACGAUCAAAAGAAGAUUCGGGUGCAAAAGUCAAAAUAAUGUCUGGACCGUUUCAGAGUAAUAAUGCCGAUUUUUUACGUCGAUUUGUAACAACAGAUGAAACAUGGGUUCGUUAUUACAUGCCAGAAUCAAAAAUUCAAUCAAAACAGUGGACGCAAUCGCGAUGCCCGGCUCCAAAAAAGCCAUGGCUGUAAAGUCGGCUGGAAAAGUGAUGGCUUCCGUCUUUUGGGAUGCAGAUGGGAUCUUGAUGAUAGAUUACCUUCCUAAAGGUCAAACGAUUAAUGGAGAAUACUACGCUAAUCUUCUAGAUAAUUUUCAUCACCCACCUUAUUCGCCUGAUAUAGCGCCAUCAGACUUCCACUUAUUCCCUAAGCUCAAUACUUUUUUGGGCGGACAGAAAUUUACCACAAAUGAUGAAGUCAUAGCCGCUGUACAGGAGUAUUUUGCAGACUUCGAAAGAAAUCAUUUUAUGGAAGGCAUUACUGCUUUAGAACGAAGAUGGAAUAAGUCUGUAGAGGUUCACGGAGACUAUGUCGAAAAAUAAAAUUAAUUUUAUCACGAAAA